AUGUCCGCUUUGAUAAUACGUCUGUGUCUUCUACUAACUUUGACUGAAGGCCAGAGGUUCGUGCGUGGGGCAGAACGUUACCAAAAGCCUACGCGACAUGAACGCUAUAAUCUUGUCCUGGAGCCGGAGUCGGAGCCGGAGCUGGACCUGCAGCUGGAGCCGAAGCCGGAGCUCAGGGCGGGGGCAGUAGUUGUGAGGUGCCACGCGGACUCUAUGGAGGUCCUCGUGCACGCGGACUUGUACAGCACGGGGCUCCGCGUGGACGGCGCUCACCUCCGUCUGGGUUUUCAAGAACACAAGAGUCCAGAGAAGUGCAGAGCGGCGGCCACAGGACCCAGCGAGUACACGCUUCAGAGCCUGCUCAUGGACUGUGGCACUGUCAAACACCCAUCAUCAGAAGAGAUCGUCUACUCUAAUGUACUGAUCUAUGCCCCAAAACCUUCUUCAGAGGGGUUGUUGAGACUGGGUGGAGCAACCAUUCCAAUUAAAUGCCAUUAUAACAAGUUUUAUUCUGUAAAUCUCCUUCCUCUUUCCCCCGAUUGGUCCCCUUUCAUUUCCCACACCACAGCUAAGAGUAAACUGGAUUUCAAUCUGAAGCUGAUGACUGGAGAUUGGCAGUCCGAGAGAGGGAACCAUGCGUAUUAUGUGGGUGAUCAAAUUUACCUUGAAGCAUCAUCAGUCUUUGGAAACCAUAAGCCCCUGCACAUCUUUGUGGACCGCUGUGUGGCCACAACCACCGCAGAUGAAAACGCAGCCUUAAGAUAUGACUUUAUUGAUCACGGAUGUCUUGCUGAUGCGUAUCUGACAAACUCCAGUGCAAGAUUUCGCUUAAGAACCGAGAAACACAAGAUUCAAUUUCAACUAGAUGCUUUCAAGUUCUACCAAGAAAAAGCUGACCAGAUUUUUAUCACCUGCCACCUAACUGCUGUUCCAUCUUUGGUCAACGUCAAAUCAAGACACAGAGCUUGCUCACUCAUUGCAAACAGAUGGCGUUCUGCUGACGGAAAUGACGAGGACUGUGGGAGUUGUAAUAUUCCUUAUCCGGUGUGCUGUGCGCAUGGAAAUGACACCGCCGUAGUGACUUGUUGCAGGGAACUCGUAGACAGCACCUACUACAACAUCGCCAUGGUCACACGGAAACUUUCUGGGGUUCUCAUCAUGUUGCUGCUGUUUGCUUUCGGGUACUUUGUGCAGAGGAUGCUAUGUUCCCGGUCCAGGCAGCUCUCUGCUCCAAACAGCGGACCCCCCACCGCUGCUACCUCCCAGGAGAUGCUCAUAGAGAACUAUACGCCAGACAGCUUGCGGAGUCCAGCCAUGAGCGCUCCACUGCCCUCAUACGAGGAUCUAAAACGGCUUCCAACGUAUGAAGAGACGAUACGCGAGUCCUGCAUACAACAGGGGACUCUCACUUAA